GGGUGUGGCUCUGUCCCGGGGCGGGGCAUCGCGUAAUGGCGGACGCGGGCCGGUCGCGCGCGGUUGGGGGCGUAGCGCCUUGAGGAGGGUCCGGCAGGGUGGCUGCUCGUGAGCCGGUGGGCUGGAGCGCAGCUCGCUCGGACACCGGGCAGGCCGGCCGAGCCCUUCAUGUCGCUGAGGGCAACUGCGCGAGCUCCGGCUGGCUGAGACUCCAGAUCCUCCUGUCCGCACUUUCCCAUACUGGAAUGGCAGGCAUAAACCACCAGGCUGGCUCUGCACUUGGACUUAAAAGCUGGCUAUCUGGGGAGGGAAUGGCACACAUUAGCAAGGUUGUUUUCCAUCAUUGAGAACAUUGCCUGAAGCAGGUCCACCAUGCCGUUAGUAACCAGGAACAUCGAGCCAAGGCACCUGUGCCGUCAGACGUUGCCUAGCGAUACAAGCGAGCUGGAAUGCAGGACCAACAUCACCCUGGCAAAUGUCAUCCGACAGCUGGGCAGCCUGAGUAAAUAUGCAGAGGACAUUUUUAGAGAGAUUUUUUCUCAGGCAAGUACCUUCGCCUCUCGGGUAAACUCCCUUGCUGAGAGGGUUGACCGACUACAAGUUAAAGUCACUCAACUGGAUCCGAAGGAAGAAGAAGUGUCACUACAAGGAAUCAACACCCGAAAGGCCUUCAGAAGCUCCACCAUUCAAGACCAGAAGCUUUUUGACAGAAAUUCUCUUCCUGUUCCUGUCUUGGAGACUUAUAACACCUGUGAUGCCCCUCCCCCUCUCAAUAAUCUUAGCCCUUACAGGGAUGAUGGAAAAGAAGCACUCAAAUUCUACACCAACCCUUCGUACUUCUUUGAUCUUUGGAAGGAGAAGAUGCUGCAGGACACCAAGGAUAUGAAAGAGAAGAGAAAGCAUAGGAAAGAAAAGAAAGAUAAUCCAAAUCGAGGAAACGUAAACCCACGUAAAAUCAAGACACGUAAGGAAGAGUGGGAGAAAAUGAAGAUGGGACAAGAAUUUGUGGAGUCCAAGGAAAAGCUAGGGCCUUCUGGGCAUUCAUCUACCUUGGUGUAUCAGAAUGGCAGCAUUGGCUCUGUUGAAAAUGUGGAUACUGGCAGCUACCCACCACCGCCACAGUCAGACUCCACGUCUUCACCUUCUCCUUCCUUUUCUGAAGACAACUUGCCUCCCCCACCAGCAGAAUUCAGCUACCCAGCAGACAACCAAAGAGGAUCUGGCGUGGCUGGACCCAAAAGAACCAGCGUGGUCAGCCCAAGCCAUCCACCCCCAGCUCCUCCUCUGGGCUCUCCCCCAGGCCCCAAGCCUGGCUUCGCUCCACCACCUGCCCCUCCACCUCCACCUCCAAUGGGUGUACCACCUCCACCACCUGUGGGGUUUGGGUCUCCAGGGACUCCGCCACCACCUUCACCCCCAUCUUUUCCACCUCAUCCUGAUUUUGCUGCCCCUCCACCACCUCCUCCACCACCGGAGGCUGACUACCCAAUGCCACCACCUCCCUUGUCCCAACCAUCUGGAGGUGCUCCUCCCCCUCCACCCCCUCCUCCACCUCCUGGGCCCCCACCUCUCCCCUUCAGUGGUGAUGAUGGCCAGCCUGCUGGACCACCACCGAUUUCUGAUGUCACCAAGCCCAAGUCAUCCUUGCCUGCUGUGAGUGAUGCUCGCAGUGACCUGCUUUCUGCCAUCCGUCAAGGCUUUCAGCUGAGAAGGGUUGAAGAGCAGCGGGAGCAAGAGAAGCGUGAUGUCGUGGGCAACGAUGUGGCCACCAUCCUGUCACGUCGCAUUGCUGUUGAGUACAGCGACUCGGAAGAUGACUCCUCUGAGUUUGAUGAAGAUGAUUGGUCGAAUUAACUUUCUGCCUGCUGCCCCUAUUCCCUUUUUUCCCUUCCUACCUGCCUUUUUGAUACCUAACCCAGCAGUCCCAUGGGAAGGGGGGGGGGGAGAAAGAGUUUCAAGGGGCCAAAGUCUUCCCUGAAGCAACCAAAGAUAUAUCCAAGUGCUUCCUCCAGAUCACCAUGUGUUUCCUUUCCCUAUUUCCUGACUGUGGGCUCCUGAGAGUCCGUAGCUGAGGUAAUAAUCCCUCUUCCUUUCCAGUGACUGCUACGUAUUGAAAAGGAAGAAAAACCCCAAAGCAAAUUCCUUUAAUUGGGUUUCACCUGGAGAUAGUGCCUUCCCCUAACAUCCAUUUUCACCGGUGGCCUUCCUCCAAAGUCCUUGGACUCAGCUACUUCAAAUAAUGCUGUCCAUCUCCUGGUCUUAAAGCAGUGGGCACAGGCCAGGUGUGGUAGUACAUGCCUUAAACCCAGCACUUAGGCAGAGGCAGGUGGAUCUCUGAGUUUGAGGCUAUCCUGGUCUAUGUAAUUGAGACCGUGUCUCCAAAAAAAGGGGCAGAGUGGGCACAGCUGCUCCCUUGUCUGUGCCCUGAAAAGAGAGGGCAAGUUGAGUACUUUGACAACCUGACUGCCACACUCCUGUGCCCCACACUACCCUCUGUAGCAGCUGGGCUGCUUCCGUUCAGUCCUAUCAAGACCUCAGAUACCUUUGUUCCAAGAGGCGUCGAGCCUCUAAAGAAUGUCUUACCCUCCGCCCAGAGGUGAUGCCUUUCUGAAGGCUGAGGCUAUUGCCUCCUGCCCAGGGUCCCUCCUAGUGAGUAUAGUGUUCAUGCCCCUCCCUCACCCUUAGGUGCCUUCAGACUGCACAGCCAGUUUUAACCUCAGAUAUCCAUGACCAAACUAGCCCUAACACACAGGGACCUGGGCCUCUGCUGCCUGACAAGAGCAAAGCUUGGAAAUCUGGAACUGCAGGACUAGAAGAACCUCCUGGGUCCUACCCUCUAAGGAUGCCCAGGCUGAAAUGAGAAGUGACUUGCUCAAGGUCACACAGUUGGAUAGUAACCAAGCAAGAGCUCAGACUUCUUGUUUCCAAGUCACCUGUGUUUUCUGGGACCAAAUAAUGGGCACCUGCUGGAGUCUGGGCAGAGCAGUGCUGGCUCCAAGCUACUCCAGACCUCCUGAAAGCAGGGGUCCCCUUUGGAGGGUUCACUGCCUGUGCCAGCCCAGCCAAUACAGCUUUGACCCUUACAACCUCUUUUGUUGCCCCUUUCUGUCUCUAGUCAGUCUUGUGGCAUGGGAACUGUCUUCUGGGAAACAAGCAGGGAGAGGAGGAGCAGGACAGCAGCCUCGGCAGGUGCGGUUUUCAGUUCCACUGCAACUCCUCCCCCUUUUGUUUCCCCAAUUUAAGCAUAGGUUCUGCCAGCUGUCGAAACUUCAGUCCCUCAGGCUGGCAACGCACAGGCACCUGCUGGGGGCCCUGGCAUCCGUGAAGAAGGCUGAAAGGCAAAAGGACACGGGGCCUCUUUCUGCCCCCUCACUGUGCAGGGUGAUAUUGGUUCCUCCUUUACACCCCUUUCCAGAGCUAAUACACAGGUGCUAUUAUUCAGGAAAAAAACUGGUCGGCUCUGGCGAACAGCAAGGUUUUUUCUCUUCUGCCCCAACUAUUGUGUGGCCUCUUAUGCUGAAAUCCUGAAAUCGGCUUCUCCAGCUUUCAGAGCCUGAAACAAAGAGAAACAGGAUCUGUCUCUACCCAGCACAGCAAA